UGGCAAAAAAACCAUGGUUACUGCUGGUUCCAAACUGAUUUGGAUUGUCUCAAUCAAAAACCCAGCAUAGUUAAGGGCGACGAUCAUGGCAACCAGGGGUGGUACUGCUUUGUGGUUGAAAAGUAUAGGACACAGUUGGAAGCAAGAAAAUGUUCGAAAGUGACGUUAAAAUACAUUUGUGAACAAGGUAUUGCAUGUGGCAAACGGCAUUCGGAAGAGGCCUUUCCCGAUUCUGCUCGGCAACGUUUGAGCAACUUUAGGCGUUUGGAGCAACCUUUUUGCGGUUCUAGCAACCACGAACAAAUUUUGCCUUUCUGAGCAACUUUUGAGCAAAAUAUAGGUUUAGAGCACAUAUCAAACACGAAAAAGUCAACUAUUUCAUAGAAAACUUCAUUUUUUUUUUAUUUUUUAUAAAUUCAUUUUUUUAUUUUUUUUUUCUUGGCCAAUGUUAGUAAUUAUUGCGAAGAAUGAAAAAUAAAGCUUUUAAUUAACGUUUACAUAAAAAUAUCAAAAAAAUUAAGGUGGCAACUUUUGCAGUUUAGGUAGCUACUUUUUGGAGUUUUGACAAUUUUUUAGCAACUUUCUGGCAUUCCAGUGAGCAACUUUCCAGCAUUUUACGCGCACAAUCGGGAAAGGUCUAAUUCGGAACGGAUCGAAACGGAACGAACUUACUACCCUGGGCUGUUACAGAGGAUUAAAACGAUGAGUAAGAUGUGGCAUGUCACCCCAUGUAAGGAUGAAUCCAAGACGAACCAAGACAGUCUUGGCCAUGGAUUCUGGAUUCCAUGCUUUGAAACUUUGAGCAUAGUUAUUAGAGGAGACUGGUUAUGAAAAGCGGCAAACAUCAAUGAUAAAAACAACAGUGCUGCAGUUUAUGUUCAAAGCACCGUGAAAGUACACAAUCCUUUGUUUUCUGUUGGCAAAUUGUUAGAGAAUAAAUUAAUGCAACGUUUUUAUUGGUCAAUACAAUCAAAAUGAUAGGAAUUCUUUUGAACGUUGUGCACUUUCAGGUCCACAAAAACAUAUAACAAAGGAGUCUGACGGGUUUCAUAACCAUUCCACUCAAUUAACUAUGCUUUGAGUUACAGGCUCUAGUGGUUAUCGGGAUUCCGGAUUUCUGAGCUGAAUUCCGGUUUUCAAAGCCCAGAAUUCCGAAUUCCACGAGCAAAAGUUUCAGGAUUUCGGAAUCCGCGCCGGAUUACCUUAUAUGGGGCGCGGCAUGAUACAAAUUUGGGAUCAUUAUACGUGUCUGGGAAACUGCCCACCUACUCCUCCCCUAAGCCAACAUUAACACUCACUUGUCAUUUAGGGCAAAACGUUGGCUUAAGGGGGGGGGGGGGGAGGGGGCUAGGAAACGUAUAACGAUACCAAGUUUGUUUAAUAAUAACUUUAUACUGUUUGACUUGUUAGCUAGACGGGUCGUUUAAUUUAUUGAUUCAUUCACGUCAGCUAGAGUGACAGGGGACUAAGGGAACAUGUUUGAUGAAAAUCAUGACGGUUAUGCGGAGACAAUAAUUUCUUCAAGUAGCGAUAAUUAUACUUAUCGUAGCGAGAUAAUAUUUUAAGGGUUAUACUAAUCUUGUAUGUAUCCGUCAGAUAGUACAGCUGCAUUAUUUAAAGUGGUAACGCGUUAUGGUUUAGAGUGGGGGUUGGGGGGUGGGAGGUGGGAGGAGUAAACCAACAUUGAACCUUCUUCAGCUCCUGAAUGUACGAAUGGCUCUGAUUAGCCGGUUGCCGAUAUUUUUAUUUCUGUCUUAUAAUAGUUAAAGGUAGUAAGACAAACUGCCAGUGAUAAAGGAGCAGAAUAUCAAAGUGAGGCUGACCAUCAUGCAUUGGUACGAAUUCGUGUAGUUUAAACUACCAGUUUUAUGAUUAUUUACUUGUAGACUCUCCUUUAUCAUCAGAAACUGCAUUAAAGGAAAGUUCUUCAUUUAAAGAUUCGCUAAUAACUGUAACAGCCCAAAUACCAGCUACUACUUUGGACGUGACCACAAAGACCGUGUCAGAUAAUUUAGAAAAGCAUCAAACCUCAACUGUAACUCCAACAACUACAACAGUCAUAAAGAACACAGUGGCGACAGCAACAACAAAAACAACAAUGAAAGCAGCAAUAAAAACAACAACAUCGACAACAACAGCAGCAAUAACAACGAGCAGAACGAAUGAUACAGGAUCACUAAGAACGCUAAUUGCUGUUAACGCAUUCUUAUCAAGGAGUCUGAUGACAACGGGACGUUUUGGUAUAACACAAACGUUAGCAGUCACAAUCCCAUCUGUUAUCAUAGAAGCUUCUGGAACAAACGCAUCUCAACCAGGGAAGCAAACUCCUGAAGACAUGGUAUGUUCGCAUCCACUCACUAGCCAAUGUACCAGGGGCACCCAACGACGGUUUUCUCCUAAAUGACUUUUCAGGCUAUCCAGAGUAUUUUUAGACCUUUAGAAAUACAUUCUAAUCGGCGCUAUAAAAUUUAUAUCUGUUCGGUCAUCCUAGGGCAAUUUGAGUCUUUUCGAAAUUACCAGGGCUUCAGUAUUAUCUUCUGGAAAAUUUUAGAUGAGAGAGGAAGAGAGAAUUUUUUUUGAUUCCUCUUUCCAUCGCAUUUUUGAAUCCGAAAAUUUUAGGUUUCCUUCUUCUGCGAAAAAUAGCUUAAUCUAGGGGGUAAAAUGCCAAAAAUUAAACUCCACAAAAUCGUAGGGAAUUUAUUGGAUAAGCUUCGAAAAUUGUACAUGCAUGAAUGGAACGGUCAUCUAGAAAUUCUUAGUUUUCCCCAAGGUAUAGAAAAUUGUAGGCAAUUUGUGCUUCUCCGAACAGAUAUUUUACAGGAAACUGUCGUUGGGUGCCCCUGAUGUACACUGUGUGAUGUUGUAAUAUUCGGAAGAAUUUUACGUAAUAAUAAGUGGUGACAUCAGAAGCUAAACAAACUCACUGUCUGAUAUUCAAAUUACAUUUACCUCGUUUUAGUUGCAGCAAUACUUUUCAGAAAUGAGAGCUCUGAAUGUCACAAUGAAGGAUUCAAUACGGGUAAGAUAACUGUAAUAAUGGUUUAUAAGAGUAGGACCAAUCGUAAUUUGGAAGGGGACGAAGAUGGAGACCAUGGAGUGAAAGCCGUCAGAAAUCAAUCGAUAAGGACCACAAGCUUUGAAUGCUUGCUGUACUUUAACAAAUGCCGUCGUUGAUCAUGAAUUGUUCACUUUUAACUGAACCGAGGGUAUGUCACAGUGUUACUACCGCUGCGCAUGCAUUGCGUAGCUACCAUGAAACCACGUGCUUUGAAAUCUGAUACUUUGUGAGUUAUGUCUUUUGUAAGCUUUGCUUAUGGAACUCAAAACAGUCGGUAAGUUUUCCUCUUGUAUUUCGGACGUUGACUUCGAGCUUUUGAACACUGAAUUCAUAGUGGAUUUAUGUUUUGGUUGUAGAAAAUCUAACUCGUGCAGAUUUGAAUUCGUUUGGAACUACUCUGACUUCAUUGUAAAUUGGAUUUGACACAGCAGUUGAGGCUGUUGAUUUAUUUGGUUCUGGAUCUAUUCGGAACGUGGAAUCCUUUGUGGAAUAAAGAUAAGGUUUACGUAAGGAGUUCGAGUGUUCGACUUAGUUUCGUAACAGUUUUCGACUUUGGGCCGCAACACACAGUCUCUCACAGCAUAGUUAAAGUCAUCAAGGAAAAAUCACGAGCUUUAUAUCGUGAACACAUAAACAAUAUCUACGACCACUUUGUAUCACAAGUACCUAACAAUAUUUAUCACUUCUCCUUAAUUAUAGGAUGCAGCAAACAUUACCAAUGAACUUUUCAAUUAUAUAAUAAGCAACCAGUCAGCAAAGAAGGGCAUUAACAUAUUGAUAGCUACUCAAGAACUGGAGUCAUUUGCAGUUGACUACGGCAAGAUUCAUUACCAAGCUAAUGGAAGUGCGAUCAUUUCCCAAAAAUAUUUUGGUGGGUAAUGAAUUAAACGAGAAGAGAAGAGGUUCAAUUAAGCCUUCUAAGUGCAUCUUAUUUUAUUAUUCAUUUAAAAUAUUUCGCCGUUUCUGAUUGGCUCUAAUCCCCGACUAAGUCUUGAAUUGGAAGAUAGGAGCAAAUAUAUACCAUCAAACAUAAAAAUCGAGUUUCUUUCUGUUAAAUGAUCAUUAUAAUACUCAGCUUAACAAGAAAAAAAAGCAGACUGCGGUAAUAAACAUAUUAAGUCUUAUAUUGUAUAUAUCGUAUAUACUGAUGUCGAAAGCAAGAACAUUACUAACUAAAGAAGAGUCGCUCGCCGCCACGGUGAAAAAUACUUUUAUUACCUUUGUUUAAGGUAUGGAUAUUCCAUUAGUUAAUUCUUUGGUUUAUUUUUUAUUACGUGUGCAAUAAAAUGCGUUGUGUGUUUGUGUGGGUGCAUUUAUUUAGUCAAUUAUACUAUUCUCUCUUAGCAAUGAAGAUCCAACGAGUAUCAACGAACACCAAAGGAGUUAUCGGUUUCUCUUCAAGCGAAACAAAUUUCUCUGGAGGAGAAGAUAACGCAAACAUUUCUAUACCCUCAGCAAAUUUCUUAGGAGAAGGUAUAAGAUUUCGUGCUUUUGAUGUAUUGCUGAUACCUUCUUUGUUGAAGUUGUUAAUAGUUUAAAACGACCGAAAUGCCACAUGAUGAUAACAACAAAAGCAACAACAACAACAACAAUUUUAUUUGUAUUCAAAUCUGAUUGGCUAUCAAAUGCCCUGAUUUCAGCCUUAAUAGGACAGUACGCGUCAUGCCUAAGUAAUUGGACAGUACGCGCCAUUAAGCGCGCUUGCUGCCACCAAAAUAAAAAAGGUCUAGGAAUUUCUUGUGUUUUGAUUUAAAAAAAAGAGCCCAUAUAUCACAUAGUUUGUUAAAGUUAUGAUUAAUUGGUAACUUCAUGUCGUCCAAUUCGGGCUGUAAUCAUAUUCGUGAUAAAACAAAUUGCACUCCCGCUGCGCGGUCAUCCGAUUUUAUUAAUCACGAGUAUGAUUACAGACCGAAUUGGAUUCCACUCAGUCCUGUCUAAUGCACGGAGUCUCUGUAGGUUCAUUUUAUCUUCAAGAACCUUUUCAAGCUUCUACGUAGCCAGGUUUUAUAUUGAGUUACGGCGCAAAAACAAAUAAAUUAACACAGAAAAUUCAACGAAUUUUUGAAGCAAAUUCAGAAAAUUUCGAUAAAUCGACGGACACGUACCUCAUCUUGCAUGACUUCUGACCACUGAAUUACCAUGCGCGGAUGUACAUACGAAAACCAUUAUAAAUUUUGUUUUUUAAUAAUUAACCCUACUCUAGACAAAAACUCCAUCUUUGACAAAGAAGGCGCCUUGUGAUCUUGAAGAUUCUUUAUUCUUUUUUAAUUGGUCAGUUUAUCAUUUUGAUAAAAAAUAUAAUAUGUUCAUGAAGUAAAUGAGCAAAAUGCUAAUAAUAUAAUUAUUACUUAGAUGCUGUUGUUGUGAGCAUUCUUUAUGAUGGUAUCGAGCAAUGGUUCUCCGAUAAAGGAAAGCUGGAGAAAGAAGGGUUAGUUUCUUUAUUUUUGGUUUGUUUCUUAGUAAUUUAUUCAUCAGUCAUUCCCUUUUUGUCGACUUAUAUUCAGUACUUAUUUAUUGUUUUCCUCUCGUAAGGUAAUAUAUUAAAUUUUAAAUUCUAGGCUAACACCAAUCUCAACACAAGCAUAAUUAUAUAGCUUAAUCUUUUUUUUUUUUUUUGGACCAUAUAUUAUGUAUAGGAGCAUUUUUCCUAUUCAACAUAUAUCGGGGUAAUUGAUGAAUAGUGUAUAUUUUAACCCAGAUCAUUUAGAUAAUAUAAGCAGUUCGAGUUAAGACGAUGGCGAUGAUGCUUAUAAUAACCGAGUUUAUACAGUAUAGUCAGUCUGUAUAGUUCACGUCCACUGAUCUGGAAACUUCAAGUGAAAACAGUUUACGUUUAUUCUUUUAUUUAUUUAUUUAUUUUUUUGUGUGUUUAUUUUUUAGUCAUUUAUUUCUUUAUUUAUUUGUUUAUUCAUUUCAGCGAAACUUUAACUAACCUCCGGCUUGGAAGACGAAUCAUAUCCAGCACUGUAAAUCCAGCGCCUUCUGGUAUUCUCGAGGAAAACGUCACCAUUUCAUUCCGUUACGAAAAGGUACAUGAAUGCUUACAAUAGGUGAAUACGUUCUUGUAAACAAAGAAGGUUAGAAAAUGAUUAAAAGUGGAAAGCAGGUUUAUAUUGGUGAAAGUUAAUAGCUGGAAAGAAAAUUUCCACAAACAGAUAAAGUUCACAGCCUUAUAUUUUUCCUUUAAAUCGUCGACAUCGAGAGCUUACGGUUUCAAAUUAAUGAGUACCUAGUUGGACGAACGCUUAUUAUUACGGGUGACCAUCUUGGUUUCAAAUAGUAUAAUACUAUCAAAUAAUCCGAUUUGUUUUUAUUAAUAUUAAUUUCACUCUCCUUAUUCCCCUCAGAAACUGCAAGAUGAACACAACCCUUACUGUGUAUUUUGGGACUUCAACCUUAAGUAAGUAAUAUAUAGAUUUAGCCAGGGUUAAAAGCGAAGCUCUCAUUCAUUACUAUAAAUACUUAUAGUUCACUCAAACCAAAGUAAAAUCGUGUAAUGCUAAACGGCCAAGGCAACGAUGACAAAAAAGGUCUAAUUAGCAAAAAAAACAACACCUUUGCUCGUGCAGCACACUUGUUUUGUACAUUAUUUUCUUUGUCGUUGUUUUGGACGACUACAUUGUGAAACGUUCUAGUAACAUUUUAUCAUAGUUAUUAGAGGAGACUGGUUAUGAAAAGCGGCAAACAUCAAUGAUAAAAACAACAGUGCUGCAGUUUAUGUUCAAAGCACCGUGAAAGUGCACAAUCCUUUGUUUUCUGUUGGCAAAUUGUUACGGAAUAAAUUAAUGCAACGUUUUUAUUGGUCAAUACAAUCAAAAUGAUAGGAAUUCUUUUGAACGUUGUGCACUUUCAGGUCCACAAAAACAUAUAACAAAGGAGUCUGACGGGUUUCAUAACCAUUCCACUCAAUUAACUAUGGUUUUAUGGAGGAAACUGAUGUCGUAUGUUCUAAUAGAAAAAAAAAAAUUGUUGCUUCGUGUUCCUGUUCGCUUUCUAUUUCACUGCCGCUCAUUUUCACCUUACCCUCCGCUAAAAUUUCUCAUUUUCUCACCAACGCUUUAAAAUUUUCAUGUUGUGUUGCCGACGAAGCUUUUCUUAUUUAUUUUUAUCUCUGGCUCUAGUGAUAUUUCUCUAUCUUCUCUCUCCCUCUAUGCUAGUUCUUUCUCUAUUAUCCACGUCAGCGUAGACAUUAAAAUGUAGUCGAAAGAUCAGACUUGGCUUUGUUGUCGCUUUUUCUCCCUGAAAGUCCAGGUGGCCAAGGUGACCAUAGCAUGGACGUUUAUGAUCAAGUUAAACGCAGUUUGCAGCCUCUACACAAAGUAAAAAAGGUCGUUCCACAUUAAUUGUUUACCCUUUGGUGCGGACGGACGGGCGUACGGACUCGUGACUAGCAAAAUUUCUCGGGUGCAUGGAUAGCCAAAUUUUCUUACUGUCUUUCUUUCUUAGUUUUUGAGUUGAAAACUCGACAAGUUUACUUUAUUUACCCAUUCCCUCGUCGGCUGAAACUUGGAAAAUCUUAACAAAUAUGCUGCGUAUUUUUUUUUUCACUUAAGCUGACAUUUUAAGCGAGAAAAAAUCCGGAUUUUGGAAGUCAUCGUUUUGCAAAACAAGUACUGAAAACGCGUGCAAGAGUUCGUGUACAAGAUAAGAAUUUCUUUUUUUAAUCGGUGCCAUAACAAAGCGUUUUUGCGCGGGGAAGUUAAUUUAUAAAAGCAAUAGAAAACGUUUUCCCUGUAUUUGCAUAACCUGAUAUUAAUACUGGAGGGGUUGGGAGAAUUCUCAACAGUUAUGCAAACCCUAGACUUUGUCUCGGGUUUGCAUAACUGUCAAGAAUUCUCCCAGCCCCUCUCGUGUUUAUAUCAGGCUAUGCAAACACGGAAAACACUUUCUAUAUAUUGCUUCAACACUGCACUAGUACUUUGGACAAGCAGUUUAAAAAACCCGGCCUUAAUUAGAUUUAAAAAACAUAUAUAACAGUUGUGAUACCUUUUGAUCAUGAUGCCAAAACGCCGUUUUUUUUUAGAUAUUUUCUCUUAUCCUUCAGCUUUGAAUCAUACUUUUUUAGUGUAACAAGUUCCUAUUUUUACACAUUGUUAUCACCGUUCACCAAGCAUCUUUCUUUCCCUUUUUUGACGAUAACGUUUAAAAAACUAUACGUUUUCCUUUUGUUUGCAUCUCAGAUCGAAGAACAACGGUUCUUGGUCAUCUGUAGGAUGUAGGUUGGUCAAAAAAUCCAAUAGGCAAGUCACUUGCACUUGCAAUCAUCUCACAAACUUUGCUGUUCUCAUGCAAGUAGGAGAAAACAAAGCCAGUGAGAAGGUAUCCCUCUAUUCUGACCUUUGACAGUUAUUUUAACAAUUAGAAAGGAUGGUUUGUGGACAAAAUAAAUCCGGACAGCGUUUAAAGGUGGUGGGAAUGCUUCUUACGCCGCUGUUUCAGCUUGUUUUCGCUGCUGCGGAUAAUCACGAACACGACGACCAAUAGGACGGUGAUGACUGAUGAUUUUUAUUUAACGCGUGUUAUUUUGAGUAGGAGUGCUGAAACAUAGUUGCAAAUACUUGAUACUUUAAAAUGAGAACUUGUUAAUAAGUUACGCAGAUUUUCUAAUAAUAGAAUAUGUUAAAAUAUGUAGAACUUGAAAAUAAUUCCCAGCAAAAAUCUGCUGAUAUAGUCCUUCAGCAGCAUGAUUAAACAAAGUAAAUUAAGGAAUUGUUCAAUUCAGGCCCUAAAAUAUUGUUUUAAAAAUAAAAUAUGCACCCAAGCUUUCGCCGAUCAACGGCAUCAUCAGGGAUGAUUCCCUGAUGAUGCUGUUGAUCAGCGAAAGCUUGGAUGCCAAUUUUAUUGUUUAAAACAGCAGUUUAAGGCCUCAAUUGAAUAAUAUUUUUAUUUUUUUUUAAUUCCCCAAAAUUUUAUAAGAAUUUAUGAGCCAGUUUUGCUUAUUAACAGCUCAACUAGAUUUUACCUCUUUCUACUCUCGGGGUGUGUUCGAAUGAUUGUAUUUCGAAAUAGAAACAAAUGACAACAUCUAGAAAUCUGCUUAAAAUAAAAUAUUUCGAUGAAUGUAGCAUUCAAUUGAUCUAAAAAUCAUGAUAGUGAACAGUUGUCAAAAAAACUUUUGCGUAUUCUUAUUCCGGCUAAAUACGAACGAUAUUAAAACAAAAAUUCUUAAGUGAGAAAAUAAAGACACAUUUUUUUUUGUUGUUUCCCAGCAAAUUUCAAGAGACCAUAAAGUAGCUUUGGAAGUUAUAACUUACGUUGGGUGUACCCUGUCACUUGUUGGAGAAUCGCUCACUGUUGUUGCAUAUUGCCUGCUCAUGUAAGUUGCAUCGGGAACAGCUUAGCAUGAAAAAAAGAAGUAUGGUCUUUCUUCUUCAUCCGAGUGUUAUUUAACAAUUAUUCCUCGAGCCCGAAUGGGCUCUGAGGCAAUAUAUAUAGCCCAUGAGGUCUAAGGCCGAAUGGGCUAUUGACUCAGAGGCUAUAAGAGCGAGAGGAAUAAUUGUUUUAGUAAACUUCAACUAGUUGGUAAAAAAUAUCGAGACAACACAACUUUAACUAGCAAAACGCGAGUGGGCUAUAACAUAUAGCCCAGUAGUAGCUCAACCAAUCGGAACGGAGCAUGGAUAAUAGACCACUAGUUGGAUUUUAUGCGUUUUUAUGUGGCAUUGUUCAGUGCCUAUUUGUUUAAGCUUUUCUAUUUUUCUCUCACAGGAAUUUAAAACAAGAACAGAUUCAAAUACGUCUUAACCUCGUGGUUGCCAUAGCAAUCGCGCAAAUAACCUUCCUUGCUGGGAUUAAUGCAACAAAACCGAAGGUAGGUCAAAUAAAAGCAGGUUAUCAUUUACUCGUAGUGCCUUACGUCUAGUUUCUUGGACACGCAAACUUUCACUGAUUUUGAAUAGUGAAGUUUCGAAUUCGUCUCGGCCACUAAGAGGCACUGAAGACUCAUUUAUACAGGGUUAGCCUCGACCUAAGGUAAAUAUAUUAACAAGACCUGUGUACAACUGUGUCUAUUAUUUUAAACUCAAAUUCAGGCACCCUCUAGCCAAUACUUGUGAAUAUUUUUCUUUAGGUCAAGGCUAAACCUGUAUAAAUUACUUCAUUAAAAUUGCUUCUAUUUCAGCUGUUAAAGCGGCAAUUGCAAAUUAGAAACUGGACUAUUCCCACAAUGCAAUAGGAUAUUAAUUACCUAAUUUUCCAUCUUCCUUAGGGAGUGUGUGUGUUUGUAGCAGCCAUGAUUCAUUAUUUCUAUACGGUGGCGUUUGGUUGGAUGUUGUUUGAAGGUGUUUACCUGUAUAUGAUGGUGGUCAAGGUGUUUAAUACAGUCGUCAGGAUGCGCCUUUUCUGCAUAAUAUCAUGGGGUGGGUGCUUGAUUUUAUCUCUGGUAGACAUAACUCUGAUCGAUAUCUAGCAAGUACUUUGCAGAAAAAAAUUCCUAGAAUGUAAUUGGCAAAAGUGUACAAAAUUCACAGCUAGCCCAUUGCCAGUAUGUUAUCCUAGCGAUGGGAAGUAAUAAUUACUUCAGCCGUGUUUAGGACAUCAGUAUAGUCCUUUAAAUUGAUACCUCACCAUUAUGGCACCUUACCCUAUUUAUAUACCUGGGCAGAUUAAACAGUACUUAACCUAUUACCAAAUUAAACUUCCAUUCAGCUUUCACAUUCAACUUCCAACUUUCGUUUUAAUUGGUAAAUAAAUUACAAAAUAUAUUGAGACUGGCCUGCAGUCAACGAGGCUAUUCGAGGCAGGCCAGGCUACAUUAACUGCGCUACAAUAAACUGAGUAAAUACCAAAAAAUUAUACGUUUUAUAGAGUAUAUAUUUUACAAUCUGAUUUUCACAAUAAUCAAGUCUACGUCAAUAUAGGAGUCUUCAGUUUGAACGAUAUCAAUGAAGUGGCUUUGAUUUUAAUGAUCUUUGAAAAGCUUUUUUUAGUCUUCUUUUUUAUUAUUAUUAUUUGAGGUAUCCCGUUCCAAAUUUUGACCCCAACACGCGAGAAAGCAUUUCGUUUGACAUUGAGUCGGAAUUCUUUAGUAUGAAAAUGUUCAGAAAUUGAAGCACGUGCAUUAAGUAUGAACACUAAAAAUUCUAGAGAAAAGUUUCAAAACAUCUUCAGGAGCAGUGACUUUUUUUUUCACAUCAUACAUAACAGUAAACCACUGAGCGGAUUCACAAUAUAGAGCUUGUAAAGGUAGAAUUUUUGAGCUUACAAAAAAUGUAUCACAUGGUCGUUUGUUUCAGCAAAAUAUAGUAAACGCAGUGCUCGUUUUUGAAGCACAAGAAUUUGGUCAAGGAAAGUUUUACGCUCUUUACCCCAAGAGAUAAGACCAUAAGUUAGAUAAGAUACGAUGGGAUUAGUGUCUGACAAAUAUUUAGGAGGGUACAAGUGGGAACAAUAUGUCUUAACCUCGCAAUUAGUUUAAUUGUUUUACUUAUUUUAUUUGCAUGCAAUGGAGUGAAUAUGAUAGAUCUUCGUCAAUUAACAGUCGAAGAUAUUUAAUUUUCAUUGUCAAAAAAAUUAAUCUAAGGAUGAUGCCACAGUUGAGUUUUUUGGUAUGGACAAAAAAUUACAAAGUUUUACUUUUCAAUAGUGAGAGAGAGCUCUUGCCUAAUAGAUUUGACUUUUAGAAGCCUUUCUGUCUCAGCCCGGAUAAGAGUGAUUGGUCCGCUUAGCCAAAUGAAACGAGAAUAGAUAGAAUACGAUAUUAGAUGAUAUCUGCGAAUCGUAUUAACUUUGUUCCAUCUCAAAGCUUUACAUGGUGCUCCCCAGGAAAAUUUUCUCUAGGUGACCAAUAACGAAGUUUAAACUGCGGAACGGCACCGAAACCAGCUUUAGGUUUCUGAUUUCAAAUAACUGUCACUUUUGUUCAGGACAGAAGGUUCCGGACAGGGGCGGAAAAACACCUUCUAGCUAGGGAGAGAGGGAGAUGGGGGUUAGAAAGAACGCGAAAUCGGCGCGAAAUACUACACAAAUCCCUAACCACGAAACAACUGAUCAACGAUGCGACAUAAGCAAAACAACACAGUAAACAAGCUAAGUCAGGGGAAGUUGGCUUACCCGGUUUUCAUAAAUCCUGGUAGAAAUAAAUAAAUAAAAAUAACCAAGAGACGUAAAGUAUGACGGAAUUCACUGUGACAGUGUUCUUUUUUUCCUUUUUUGAAGGCUUAGCUCUUUUGAUUGUGGUGCUAUCCAUAGUGAUUGCCUCCACUCAAGAUAGCGGAGUGCACAGCUAUGUUCACGGUGACUUGUAAGUGUAAAAGGCUCGUUUUAUUAACCUUCAACGGCAAUGAAAAUUUUGACAUAGAAGCACCGAGAGAUUUCUCACUCAUUUAUAUGUAUUAGUGCAAUUGAUAAUAAUAAUAAAUAAUAAUAAUAAUAAUAAUAAUAAUAAUAAUAAUAAAAAAAAAACAAAACUUUAUUCAUAGAUUUAAAAAAAAAUAGACUAUUU